UACAAUAAAGUUUAUGUGGCCAAAUUUUAUUUUAAGCAUUUCAAGACCAUUUCUUCUUGAAAUUUCGGUGGGAGACAGCCAUGGAAGAGGGUUUGGAGCUGGUAUUCCAUAUUUUGGCUUCACAAUCUAUAUGUAUGAGGCCAAAACUGUGAAGGGGAAGUGUUUCUAUUCUGGGAAAAGGCCAGAUAUACAUAUACACAAUUUUUAUUAUUUGUUUAAACCCUGCUCACGAAAGAUUGUGCGAGUUUCAAGGAAAUGCCUUAUGCGGAUAUCUCGCUGGUACUAUUUGUGGACAUGGAGCUGAAGGUGAUUUCUGAAGAAGAUUCAAGUUAUGACAGAGCAAAGGAAGUCAAGGACUUUGAUGAAACUAAAGCUGGGGUUAAAGGACUUGUUGACUCUGGUGCUGUCAAGAUUCCCAAGUUCUUCAUCCAUCCCCCUGAAAGCCUCCUAAACUCUACUACCAGUAGUAGUGAAGUUUGUUUCCAAGUUCCGGUGAUAGAUCUGGAAGGCUACGAAGGUGGCCAACGACGGAAGGAGAUAUUGGAUGGAAUCUUUGCAGCAUCAGAAACAUGGGGUUUCUUUCAAGUGGUUAACCAUGGAGUUCCUGUUGGCAUUAUGGACAACAUGGUUGAAGCCGUACGCCGAUUUCAUGAGCAACCAAAGGAUGUGAAGAUGAAAUGGUACUCCAGGGAUUGUAAGCAGCAACCUGUUAGGUAUUUCUGCAAUGGAGAUCUCCUUGUAAACCAAGGAGCUGCAAAUUGGAGGGAUUCAAUAGCAUUUGAUUUUCAUGAUGGCCAACUUGACCCCCAACUUUUUCCUCCAAUAUGCAGGGAAGCUGUAAGUGAAUACAUAAAACACGUGAUUGAGCUAAGAACGACAUUGUCUGAACUUCUGUCGGAGACUUUGGAGCUUCACAGUGACUACCUCGCCAGCAUAGGAUGCAUGGAAACCGAAUCGCUUGUGUGCCACUACUAUCCUGCUUGCCCUGAGCCAGAAUUAACGCUGGGUGCAACCAAGCAUUCGGACCCAUCUUUCCUGACCAUUCUCCUUCAAGACGAUAACAGAGGCCUCCAAGUUCUUCAUCAGAGUUACUGGAUUGAUGUUCCUCCUCUUCCAGGCGCUUUUGUGAUUAACAUUGGCGACUUCAUUCAGCUCAUCACAAAUGACAAAUUCAAAAGUGUGGAGCAUAGGGUGCUAGCAGGACAAGCACCAAGGGUAUCAGUGGCCUGUUUUUUCUAUCCAAGCAUGGCAAAUAAACAUAAACCAUAUGGACCAAUAAGAGAGCUUCUGACAGAAAGUAAUCCACCUAUAUAUCGGGAAAUUCAUGUUACUGAAUACAUGGCCUAUUUCAGAGCUAAAGGUCUGGAUGGAAACUCAAGUCUUCCUCACUUCAACUUACAAUGCAAUUAUACUACUUAACCAUCAUUUUAAGCAGCACGUAUGUAAAGUAGUCUGUUAACUUAGCUAAUAACACUCUAUGAUAUCCAAUUUCCUCUUUCUCA